AUGGCAAAAUAAGCAUGAUAAGGUUAACUUUAGAAUUAUUUAUUUAUAAUUUAUUCUGUUCCUUGAAUACAACUUGACAUGAAAUUGCAUUUGCAUUUUCCUAACAAAGUGGCCACACUGGAGAGAAUAGGGCUCUAACUACAUACUGCUAUGCUACUACAGAAUUGUUAUCAAGGACAUAUAUAUUGAAAAAAGAUUUAUCGAUCGUCAGGGUAGAACUUGACCUGGAAAACUCUCCAUACAUGUGACAAACCAUCCUUGAGGAAAGCAUCAUAUUGUGUUUCCUCGAUGCAAUGUUUUUAAGGAGCCUUAGACCAACUUGUCACUUGUGCAAGAUAAAUUGUUCCAGAAAACAGUCAACAUGGUUGUCUUUAAGUCAUGCAGCUAGAAACAGAAGAAUGUGUUCAGGUCAAAAGCUGCAGACCCAUAGUCAACAAAAGAAUACAAAGUUCUCGUACAAACCACUCUGUUGCUUCAGUACAACAAACCCUGUUGGUAAGGAAAGGGGACGAAAACCAGGUCAUGAUGAAAAUGAAUCAAUAAUAAACCAGCUGGCAGAAAGUCAGGAUGAGGAAGCUGAUGCUUUACAUGAGACUGAUGAAUAUAAGCAGGUCUUACAAGAAGAGUUCCAUUAUGAUGGGGUUCACCACUCACUAAUGAUCAUACAUCCAGCCAUUAGAUGGGAAAAAGAUAAACCACGCUCCACGACCCCCGAACUACAGCUCAGUGAAGCGUGUGCAUUGGUUCAUUCACUUCCACAGUGGAGAGUGGCAGAUACAAAAAUCAUAAAAGUCAAGAGUCAUGGAGGAUUUAUUUUCAUGAAGGGACAGCUUAAAGAACUGACAGAUCUUGUCAAAUCUCAUAAAAAUAUUUCUGCAGUAUUCGUCAAUGUAGACAUUCUAAAAAUCAAUCAGGUGGCUAUGCUACAAGGAGCUUGGCAAUUACCAGUUUUUGACAGGUAUACUCUUGUUCUUCACAUAUUCAGAGAGUAUGCACAUACACGAGAGGCUAAAUUACAAAUUGCUUUAGCAGAAAUUCCAUAUAUCAGAGGGCGAUUGGAACAAAUCAAUGAAGGCCAGCAUGAUCAUGUGACAGGAAAGAUGCACUACGUUGUGUCAGGAGGGUUCCGUUUUACUUACAUUCAAAAACGACAUGCGCUGGUAGCGGAAAGAGAAAGAAGACUAAGAGGAGAACUAGAGAAAGUGAGACAACAGAGGGAGGUGUUGAGACAGAACAGAAUCAAUCAGCAGUACCCCACUGUAGCUGUAGUUGGCUACACUAAUUGUGGAAAGACAACUCUUAUCAAAGCACUGACAGAGGAUGAGUCUUUGACCCCUGAGAAUAGACUUUUUGCUACAUUAGAUGUCACAGUUCAUCAAGCCUUUUUGAAGAACAUGAAAGUUCUUCUUAUUGACACUGUUGGUUUUAUCUCAGACAUUCCCAAGACUCUUAUGGAAGCUUUUUCUGCCACUCUAGAGGAUGCUUUGAUAGCAGAUGUAGUUCUUCAUGUCAGGGACUUAAGUCAUCCUGAUUAUAGGAAUCAAGAUGAAAAUGUUGUUGAUAUUUUGGGGAAACUGCUCUCUGAAGAAAAGUUACAAAACAUGUUGGUUGUCAACAAUAAAUGUGAUCUUUUAAGUGAUGAUGAAAAAAGCUCUGACGGUCUCAAUAUAUCAGCAGUAACUGGCUCUGGAUUAGAUGAACUGAAGACACGGCUGGAAGAAGCCAUUAUAAAGAGUACAGGAAGAAUGAGGAAAGUCUUUAGAAUACCAGUCGGAGGGGAUCAUUUAAGUUGGCUGUACAAAAAUUCCACAGUGUUGUCAAUAACAGAUGGUGAAAAUGGAGAUUCUUAUUUAGUGGAGACUAUUAUCAAUACAGCUGCUUAUGGAAAAUUUAAACAUUUGUUUUCUACAAAUAAAAGGAAACCCUGAGGCUGAAGUGAAAUUGUAUUGUAUGCAACAUUCUAUAAAUAUCUAUAGUGCCAAACACAAAAUACAUGUAAAAUUUAAAAAUCUGUAUUUUUUUUAAAUUAAAGAUAUGAUUCAGAAUGAAGAA